CGGCUGAGCAACUCUGUCACACCCGCUGUGGAUUAUGCUUCAAAUCAUUUUAGUCGCAGAAUUCUUGAAAAUCUGGCCAAAACCCCAUUCAACCAACAUCAGUCAUCCAACAUCAGUACACCAUCACCAGUCGUCCAUCACCAGUCGUCCAUCACCAGUCGUCCAUCAUCAGUCGUCCAUCAUCAGUCGUCCAGCCGCCCAGCAUCAGACGGCCAAGAGAUCUAACAAGACAGUACCAUGAUGGCUAACGGGGUUUCCCGUUACGAGACGACAACCUUCGCCGGAGCUUCACUCUUGGCGGGCCUGGGUUCGAACCCCGGCGACCCAGGGGAGGACGUCACCCCCACGGGUGGGCGUGACGUCAUGACGGACUCGCUGCUGGACGUGGACUACGACGAGGUCGGAAACAUGAGCAGCGAGGCCUGGUUUAGGUACUCAUGUGCCAAGAUGGAGAAACCCAACGGGUUCCUGAAGAGCAUCCUGGAGCCAACCAUCUGCUGCUGUGGCAUCCUUGGCAUCACGCUGACCAUGAUAGUGCUCAGCCGCAAGACCAUGUGCACGUCCACCAACUGCUACCUGACGGCCUUGGCCGUGGCUGACCUGCUCUUCCUGCUCAUUCUCUCCUCCCGCAUCCUGGUCGAGAUGUUAGCAGACUGCCACUUCUAUCAGGGGAGCGAGAACGCCAUCUUCAUAGAGUACUCAAUUAUCUUCAUGGACAUCUUCCAGUAUCUGACAGUGGGCGUGACCGUGAUGUUGGCCAUAGAGCGCUACAUCGCCAUUUGCCAUCCCAUGAGAGCUAUGAACAUUUGUACGGUGAAGCGUGCCCGGAUCAUCAUCUGUGUCCUAACCUUCGUGGCCUUCGUCCUGAGGUCGCCCAAGUUCUUUGAGUUGAGGUACAGCUACACGCCACUCACUAACGGCGAGACAAAGCUCGUCGUCUCCUGGGUCUACGUCUAUGAUGACAGGGCCUACACUUACAUCGUCACUGGUGUGAUCAUGACGAUCCUACCUUUGUGCACCUUGAUGGCACUGAACAUCCGUCUGAUCCUGGAGAUCCGGCGCUCCUCCAGGUACCUGCAGUACCACCUGGGUGGGGACCUGAGGGUCAGGUCAGUCGUGUCCAGGGAGGAGCUAAAGAUCACCAUGAUGCUGGUCAGCGUCAUCAUCGCUUUCUUCGUCUGCCACACGCCCUACAUGGUCUACAGCUUUAUAACAGCACUGAGCAGCUAUGACCCCAAGGAGAACCCAAGUAUGACGAAUGAGUCGUCCUACAAGUGGUUCCGUAACGUCUGCCACUCUCUGCUGGCACUCAAGUCUUCCUGCAACUUUAUCCUCUACUGCUGGUUCUCCGAGAAGUUCUGGGCCACCUUCAAGCGGACCUUCUGCCAGCAGUACUGCCUGCCCAAACAGGCGACCAAUCAGAUCAACGGUUACAACUACAGCCAUCACUAUCUGCAUAGGCCGUCUUGUUACAUCACCAAGGAGACGACGUGUUGAUGGCCCAGUGACGUCACAUAGUACUGGCUGUUGUUGAAGUUAGAAAAACAGCGCAGAGCUGAGCGUAAAAUAAGAUAAAUACAGCGAAAAGAAAUGGCGCAGUACUAGGCGAAAGUUCAGAUACAAAUGGCGCAGUACUAGGCGAAAGUUCAGAUACAAAUGGCGCAGUACUAGGCGAAAGUUCAGAUACAAAUGGCGCAGUACUAGGCGUAAGUUCAAAUACAAAUGGCGCAGUACUAGGCGAAAGUUCAGAUACAAAUGGCGCAGUACUAGGCGAAAGUUCAGAUACAAAUGGCGCAGUACUAGGCGAAAGUUCAGAUACAAAUGGCGCAGUACUAGGCGAAAGUUCAGAUACAAAUGGCGCAGUACUAGGCGUAAGUUCAAAUACAAAUGGCGCAGUACUAGGCGAAAGUUCAGAUACAAAUGGCGCAGUACUAGGCGAAAGUUCAGAUACAAAUGGCGCAGUACUAGGCGAAAGUUCAGAUACAAAUGGCGCAG